AUGAAUUCCGCGAAACUCAUAGAAAUUUAUUUUAUGUUCUUUGCAAAAGAAAUCAAAGAUGAUAUGAUGAUUAAUCAUAAUAUAGAUGUAUCGACAAAAAAUCAAUUUCCAACAAUAAAUUAUUUAUCUCUAUUAAGACAUAUUGACUUUCAAAAUGUUUAUAAAGCUGUACGUAUUUGGAUUCGAUGCAAAUCAUUACAUGAACCUUUCGAUUUAAACGUGAAGAGAAUACAAACAAAACAAGCAAAUCGUUUAAUGAAUGAAUUAGGAAAACUCUUUAGUAACGGAUCGGCUCGAAUCAAUAAAUUAUCCUUAGAUAUACGACACUUUGAACAUUAUACAGAUGAAAGUUCAAUUGAAUUUAAAUCUUGGCCAUGUUAUUCUGGAGCAUAUUACCCUGGACCAUAUGAUAAAUCUUUAUGUCAACUUCGUGAAUUUGUUUGUGGUGGAAAAUUUUCAAAGAAUACUAUAAUAUUUGGGUUAACGAAAACAUGUGAAGAAAUUGAAUCAAUUACAAUUGAAGAUUCAUUCGAGACUUCUUCGGAAUUUUUGGCUAAUCUUAUGAAAAAUCAACGUAGAUUACAACAUUUCGUUUUAGCAAAUUGGAAAAGUGAUUCAAAAUGUAUUUUGUCUUCAUUGGCUAAAACAAAAACUCUUCGACAUAUUGAAUUUAUUGGAUGUGAUUUCCCUGAAAAUGAUGAAGAAGAUGAUGAUCGUAAACAUUAUUUUGAUGGAUUAAUAAAAUGCAUUAAUUUAGAAACAUUAAAAUUUGAACAAUGCAAAAAUUUAAGUACUAAAUUAAUGAAACCUUUUAUACAAGCAGAAUUUAGAAAUCUUACUAAAUUACAUUUCGAUAAUGAUUCAAAUCCAGCAGAUCCACCAACGAUCGAACUUCAAUCAAUAAUAGUGAAUGCUAAAGAUUCACUUAAAGAAAUUUUUUUCAAUAUUCAAUUGUCAUUACAUGUAGAUAUAUUGGAUACCGUUGCAACGAAUUGUCCAAAUUUAAAGAAAUUAAGUGUAAAUAUAGAAAAUGAUUCUGAAAUAAGACAACUUAUUGGAUUAUUUCAACAUUGUAAACAUCUAUUAGAAUUAAGAAUUUCUCGAAAAAAAUAUCCCCUUUUUUCAAUUGGAAAAACUUCCUUAGUAGAAUUAGGAGCAGUCAUUCCACCAAGUUUAAAAAAAUUGGAAUUACUGGGUUUUACGUUUGAAGUUUCGACGUGGACAGCAUUUUUAGAUCAAUGUCCAGGAUCGAUAAAUUCUUUUGUAUUUAAUUUAAAGCAACAAUCAUAUAUAAAUAUAGUGAAGAAUUAUGCAAAUAGACACAACAAAAAACUUAAAAAUGAUUCUUAUAUAGAAAUAUCAGAAUAUGUUUCUUUGGAGUUGGAAAAUAAAAAUCAUCUUCGAAGUCUAUGA